AUGGAAGAUCCCCCAGGCAGCCGCAGCAAGGUAGAUGAAACGGAACCAUCAGGCGCAGAGCAGCCCGCGGAGACCCCCCAGACAGAGGAGCCUCGCGAUGGCGGCCGGGCAGCGAGCGCCGGGCCCUCGGGAAAGGCCCAAGGGGAGGCCGGCGCGGAGCCCCCGCCGCUGGUGGCGCAGGGCCCGGGGCGCGGAGCGGAGCUGCCGGAGAGCGCGGAGCAAGCGGGCGUUGAGCCCCGCGCCGCCCCCAGCCUCGCCUCUGCCCCUUGUCCCGAGUUAACACCCUUAGAAAAGGAGCAGCAAACAUCCCGAGGCUCAGCGCGGUCACAGGAUGCAGCGAGUGACACGGCAACAGGAAGUUUGAUUGAGGAUAAUGAAAAUCCUACAGGACCUGAGGCAGAAUUUCCUGAAAUUUUCCAGACGGAGGCAUUAUGUCUUCAUCCAGCACAUUUUUCUAGGAAGGUGAUUCAACGUGAAUACCACAUGCCUGACGUAAUAACUGUCAGAGUACAAACAGAUUGUGAUUCAUUUCAAGAUUUAACUGUAAAAAUAGAAAGGCCAACCUAUCAUAAACCAUUUCUGGGUGGAUUUAAACAUAGGAUAACAGGAGUGGAAUUUCACAAUGCAGGCUCACAAACACUACCCAAAAAACGACCUGACAAAGGGAUUGAAGUAUUUUGUAGGGAAACACAGACUGUUUUCGAAAAAAAUAAACUCCAACAAACAAUAAAUACAACAUCCACGCAGAUGACUAAAAUUGGUCUUUAUGUGUCAAACAUGACUGACAGAAUAAUGAGACCUGGGAAAUACAUUACAGCAGAUGAAUAUCAUAAACGUAGACUGGAAGCAGUAAUAGUAUUGCAGACCUACUUCCGUCGCUGGCAUGCUAUAAAUUUAGUACAAAAUCUGAGGGAAAAAAAGAGGUUAAGGCUGGAAUGGGAGGCACAAGACGAGUUAAGGAAAAAAAAAGAGAAAGAAGAAAAGCUGCAAAGUGAGUACAGGCGGAAACUGAAUCCCAGAACAAAAGAAGACUACGAGCUACUUUACCGUGCAUUAGAAGUAUGGAGGCAGGAGGAGACUGAACGGAUUAACAAAAGUCUUACUGGAACCCAAAGGAAGGCAGCCCUUUGUGGACUUCUGGAACAAGAGGCGAAGUUGAUUGCUUCCAUUGGCAGGUACAAACUAGACACCGAUGAGGAGAAUCGACAAAAAACAAUUCUGCGCUUCCUGGGUAAGUGUGCAGAGCCGAAGAGAUGGAAAGCAUUUGAUGGAAAAAUCACGGAAAUGGAUACACAGCACACGCUCCGUGCCAGAGAGCUCCUUGAAAUCUACCGCAGCAUCAGCAUGAACGAAAUCCCCAAAGAGGAGAGAAUAGACGUGCUGCUAACGCUCAGGCGUACAGUGAAGGAACACGAUUGUAAAUUAACACAGGAAAUAGUAGAAUUGAUUGACAGGGAAGUCGAUCUUAUGAUGAGAGAUGUGAAAGAAUGCAACUUAGAAGGACUGAGGAAAAGGAUUUGUACGCUAUUUCUACAGUAUAUUAAAACUCCAAAGUUUAACCCUGAAGUUGCUAGAAUACUUAAGGUUCCACCAGAUCCCUUACAGCUUUAUAAAAACGUUAACUUCUGCCGGAGCUGCAGAAAUUACCUGGCGUCUUCCGAGUUUGCGGUCCCUGCGAGUUCGCGCACCGUUGGCAGGUGCCGUUUGUGCUGCCAGGUCGACAACGAGGCUCGCAAGCGAGAAGCUUUUCUCAAGUACAGACUUAUGCUAAAAAAUCUCAGAGAAUCUGAAGCUGAUUAUGAGGAUGAUGCCAAAAUUGUUUACUUAAUUCAGCAAGAAGAUAUGCAGUACAUGGUUGAGAAAAUAUGGGACUGUCAGUCAGCUCUUAGUGCCUGUGAUGACCUCUAUGAUUUGGUUAUGGCCAGAUGGGAUAAGCACCAUGAGUGGUCUCCAUGGAACACUAUUCUGCUGACUAAAGAUGAGGCAGAUGCACAUCUUAAACUGUGCAACCUUCAGGAGGCAUAUGAAGCUGUAUUUAUUCACAGAAUAAAGCGUAAGCAUAUCCAGGCAAAAAAAUACUUUGCUCAGAUUCCAGAGAUGGCAUCCUUUCUGCACAGGAGUGGCGAUCAGGCUGAUACAAAUGAAUGCUUAAUAGCUAAGCCUAUUUCUGGUACAAAAGCAUGACUUAUUCUACAAGUUAAGUGUAUUAUUGAUUAAUAUGAUUUCCCUAACGUCUU